AUGGCUACCGUACCGCCCUUGCCACCCUUCACCGCCGAGACUGCCCAAAAAAAGGUGAAAGCUGCCCAGGACAAGUGGAACACCAAGACGCCUCACCUGAUCUCGCCUGCCUAUACGCCCGACUCUGUAUGGCGUAAUCGUAACGAUUUCUUCUCAGGGACCAAGUCAAUCGAAGACUUUUUGACCAGAAAGUGGCAGAAGGAGCACAAUUAUAGACUGAGAAAGGAGUUGUUUGCUUUUGACAAGGACAGGAUCGCCGUGGAAUUCUGGUACGAGUAUUCAGAAACCAAAGAUGUCUCGAGUCAAUGGUACCGUACUUAUGGCCUUGAGCAUUGGGUCUUUGCAGAGGAUGGCAGGAUGAAGAGCCGGCAGAUGAGUGGAAACACCAUCAGUAUUGCCCAGGACGACAGGUGGUUCAAGGACGGGACCGAUGUCAAUGACGGAGAGGUUCCACCUGGUCACAUAUCGUCCAAGUAG